AUGCUGGGAAGACUUCUGAAUACGGCUGCGUCGUCGCUCAAUCCGGCUGCGUACGCCUCCAGGAAUUCUUCUCAACUUGAAUCCGUGACUGAGGAAGAGCAUACUUCGGGCCUCUUGUUCCCAGAUUCUACCCAUCUCCGACGAUCGAAUACUCAUGCUUAUCCACUACAAACAAGUGUUUUAUCACCAAACGCUUCUGCUGCGAGCAGCUUCGACGAUCGAGGGGGACUCGAAUUGGAUGCUACAAGAGAUUUCAGAGUUAUCAUUGCUCAAAACGCGUUAGGGGAUCGCGAUGAACCCUGCAUUCUUCUCGACAGCCAAAAUCUCAGCCCGAUAGCAGGGGCUGUUGGACUUGGUCUGAACUCCCAAGUUCCUGAGGUUAGAUACACCCACUCUCGAAGCUCAAGCCUCUCGAAAUCUACUAAAAGGGACCCAUCACACAAACCUCAUGCAUCCGAUACACACCAAUCUACAGGGUCAUUAAGCCCUAGAGAACCCGAUUCGCCUAUGUCCAGCGCACUAUUCCGUGCGAGGUAUCGAAGUUCAACAUUGUCACCCGCUGCAGAUGAUAAUAGACAUUAUCAAAAUCGCAUGUCGGCUGACUCAACAGAAUCUGGACUGCUAAACUGUAUUUUUGGCAGUAGUGCUUUCAGCUACCGGGGCUCUUCUACGAAAAUGCAUAUACUUCCAACGGAAACCGAGUCAGUUGGAGAUGUUGAAGGAUUCGGUUCUCACGGGCCACGUCAACGUGUUCCUCUCACCCGUGGUUAUACAAGCGGGCCCAGUUCCAACUCGUCUGGUUUGUCCCAGGAGAGAUUAGGCACGGUUCGUGACACGAGGUCGAAUCCAACGAGAAUUACGGUCCUUGUGACGAGGAUGUUCAGCGUGAACCUCCCAGAGGGUCGCGAUCCUUCUGUGGAUCAAACUGAUCAAGAUUCAUCUCCAACUGCUCAAACUUUUAAGGACUCGAAAAUCCCUCUUCUGGACCCAUCGAAACGCAAAAAAAUCAAGGAAAAGAAAACUCCCAUGUACGCAGUUGCUAUCACCAUUAAGCUACCGCUUGCUGGGCGCAGUCCUGGUCGUCCAUCAUCUCAAUGGAACGCUCAGAGACAAACCCCUGGGUGGAUUUCAGCUUCCCUUGAUUCAGAUCAUAAGUACAGCAGUAGUUUCUUUGACGACAAUGCCGGGCUAUCCGCAACCUCAAGCCUAGAUGAACGAAUUGAUUUCUUAGUUGAUCAUUGGGAUGUCAUAACUCGCACAUUGUCACAUCUCGAGAAACUUGCGCGUAUGGAAAUUCUUGUCAUGCUGCAGAGGGUCGACUACUUUUCAACCCAGCAACCCAAACCUGCCAAAGCAUCCAAUAUGCAGCGAACGAACCAGACUAUUGUGCAGCUUCCCCCAAGGGUUUUAUCAGGGAAGCAGAACCUUAGGUCUGAAGCCAUGCGCGCCUCUCAGCGGAUCAGCAUGGCACUUCGAAUUCCCCAGGUUACAACUGGGCAGAGUCGAUGGGGUGUGUGGAGAGAAGAAGCCCGGUGGAUCGCCAAAUUUCUGAGUGAUAAGGAACACAACUUUUUCUUCCUCGUACUUCUUACUGCAUUUUUGGGAAAUCAUACCGAAUGGCUAAGCUCCCUUGGGCCCGACUGGUAUAGACGACGAUACCACCUACAGCAAAGGGCUCAUCAGGAUGCGGAACCAAGCAUACCAAGCCGGACAGUCAUUGUUUCAACUGAUAAAAUGACUGCCAGACGUUUGAUAUUUGUUCUUUCCGCAUUCUUACCUGCGCAGCAACGACCAGAUGCGUUUGGAUCCCCCUUAAGACCUAGUACAUCCACCUCGAUGCGGCUUGUUUCCCAAAGUCCCCCUGGCGCUCCCAUUUUAAGGAAGGAAUCUCUCCGUCGUGCAAUAAAUAGACGUGCUAGAGCUCGCCAUUUUAAUGACGAUGAAAAUGACGGACAUAGACGAUCACCAAGUGCUUCAUCGAAUGAAGCCGCAGUUAUACCCCUAGAUGAUGGUGACUUCGUGAAACCGGUUCCUGACCAUUACAAAUUCCGGAGAGACUCUGAUGUUCGAUCUAUUCGGACGGCCAGCUUACCCAUACCGUCAAGUGGCGCUAGCACUAGAAAGAGCGCAACCGCUACCAUCGCUACCGCGGCACCGGGCACUGCAACCCCAGUUCCACAUUUUGCAUCCCAAAAAUGUAAACAUGGUGCGGGCGAAGGGAGGAGUUCAGCCUUGGACCCUACUGGAAGUGCAGCCUCAGCGAACCUAUUACAGAAUCUCCGUAGAAGCGAAAGCUCCAAUCUAAUCUCGGAAGGAGGCCAACAUUUCCAGUCUAGUAGAUGGGGUGGUUUACUUUCCGGUCUCUGGGGUACACGUGAGACUUUUUCUGAGAAUGAGGGUAGUUCAUCAGCGGCUGGACGCUCAAAAAGAAGCGCGUCCAUUACUAAAGCUGACGUGCAACAAGUCAAGCCAGAGGCAGUAUCCGGCAAAUCAGCAGAAGACAUUAUCAAAAAUGCUACUAACACAGCUGAAAAUAUGCCUAUCGCAACAGCCUCUGCUGACUUGGGUCUAUCUGGAUCUUCUGGUUCAUGUGAACAAAAAUCCAAGUCUGACGUACAAACCCCUAGCUCUCCCGUGAAACUGUCGGUUGGAUUGCAUGAUGGGGUUAUCGAUGUUGAGGUACCGUUACCUGGAUUUAUCUCCCUCUCUUCUUCUGGAGAUUCAACUCUAGCAUCGCCAAAAAAGACGCGCACCUCAGUAGCUAGUUUUGAUGUUGCUGCUUCUGUCCACAGUGCUGGUUCUGGAUUCCAUCCUGGUCCUACCAAAGAUUAUGAUGGGGUCAGCGUCAAUGUAGCCGGUUGGUUGAGAUGCUACCAUGAGGAUUUUAUUCUUCAGGCUGUCCAUCCGUAUAACACCUUGGAGUCAGAUAUCAAACGUUCCAUGUCGAGUGAGCCUACCCCGCCUCAGGCUCUAUCCACUUCCCUUUGUGAGUCAUACGGAUCGAACUCGGAGAAAUGGGUCGAAGUUUGCACCACGCUCGUUGCAGAUACGAAAACCUUCACAGUGAAGAAGCUCCGUUUGCGGCGAAAGAUAUCCAGUAUCAUUCCCCGAACGGCAGUUGAAUCUCGAGAUAAUUCCCGUCGAACGUCGCUCGACCCUUCCGAAACACCUUCAUCCACUCCUCAACUUCCAAAUUUUUCCUCAAUGGCUUCCAAGAUACCUACCUCUCCAUUGUCACAGCAAGCCGAUUCGUUUGAAGUGGAAGAGAUGUUUAUCGAGGAACCAGUGAUGGAUCUUGACCCAACUCUUGUUGAUGCUGUUGAGAGGGUUUUAGCCCGGAGUGGAGAGUCGUCCCUAUCUCAUUCUAGAGCGCCGUCUCCAAACCGAAGUCGCAAAGAUAAACCUCCCGGUAACCACGGGCGAGAUAAGCAAUCGCCCCAUCCACAACUAGAGAAUGCACCAUCUGCUGAGGUUCCGCGGAAUAAAUGUAGACGGAUAGUCCUCGGUGCACUUGAGGAAGUUGUUCGUAGUGUGACCGCUGAAUGCUGCCAGCAAGAUCCAGCUUCUACAACUGGCGAUGCCACCAAGACACCCUCAGGCCGUGAACAAAGGGGUGCAAGUGCAGCUACAGCCAAUACCCUGAGAGAAGGGAUAAGAAAGUGGCUGCUCGACAUCGAAGAAGCUUGCUAA